AUGCUCAUCUCGGCCGCCUCCAUGGCCCCUGAGACGGCUGGGCCAUGCCCUCAGGGGCCCCCGGGACCCCCGCCACCCCUGCUGCCCAAGCCAGGGAAGGACAACCUGCGGCUGCAGAAGCUCCUGAGGAAGGCAGCCCGGAAGAAGAUGGGCGGGGACAGGCCCCCUCCCCAACCUGGGGCUUUCCGCACCUCCCUGUCUCCCGUCAGCGAGGCCAGCCACGACCAGGAGGCCCCAGGCCCCCGCCCCGCCGAGGUCCCGCGAGCGAUGGCCCCCCUGCCCCGCUCGCCCCACACCCCCGUCAUCCACCACGUGGCGUCGCCCCCACAGAGGUCCACGUUCUCCUUCAGCCUCACCCAGCGCAGAAGCCUGGCUUCUCACUUCAAGGCCACGGGGCCCCAGCUCACUGCCCCAGUCCCAGAGCCUGCCGGGUCCCCCAGCGGCUACGCCCAGGUCUCGGCCCCCACAGCGAGGGGCACGCAUAUCAGCCAGGUGCACAUCCGGCUAUCUCCGUCCCCGCAGGCCGGGACCCCGGAACCCCCCCGGACAGCCCUGGAUGGGGGGCCGGGUGUCCAGGACCGACACCCAGCCCCGUGCCCUCCGGGGUCUCAGCCCUUGAUCCCAGUGGCCCACAUCCGCCCGCUGCCCACCGGGGCCCAGGCUGCCAGUCCCCGGCCUGAGGUGCCCCCUGUGCCCAGGCCACCCCCUGGCUUCCAGGCCUUGCUGCCCAGAGAGUCCAGCCUCCGGGCGGUGGUCCCUAUUGCCCCCACCUACCACUCGCCGGGACCCUCACCUUACAGGCCCGCCUCUGUGGCCCCCGAGGCCCUACGCCUGGAGAAGGCCCCCACUGCUGGCCCUGCCGCUGAAGCCCAGCAGGUCUCCAGCCCCCGUGGGGCCUCGCCCACUGCCCCACCAUCAGGCCCCCACCUAUGCCCUCUCCCCAAAGUCGCGCCCAAACCCCAGCUCAGCGGCUGGACCCGCCUCAAGAAGCAGCUGCUGGAAGAGGAGGAGGAUCCCCCCUCCCCGGGGCCUGAGCAGUGCCCAGGGCACACAGGGCAGGGGGUGACAGCCCCUGCUGGCCCGGCCGCCCGGCCCCCCGCCUCCCGGGCCUCCAGGAUGUGGGACGCAGUGCUGCACCGCAUGUCGGUGGCUGAGUCCCAUGGUGGCCAGGCUGGGCCCGGGGUUGGGGCACGCACCCUGACUGGCCUCAGCCGCCUGCCCUUCCUUUAUCGGCCUCGCUUUAACGCCCGGAAGCUGCGGGAGGCAGCCGCCCGGCCCCCUCCUGUGAUCCAUCCCAUCCUGGACCUGAGCCCCCAGCCCAGGAACUUCAACCGGACGGCAGCCGGCUGGAGGCUCCAGUGAACGGCCAGGAAGA